UGAUGAGUGUAUAAAACACACUCGCUGACGUUUGUCCUUGUUUCUGUCAGGACUCAGAGCACAAGGGCUUCAUGAAUAAACUGUACGCCAUCCAGGACGUGUUCAUCAGUGUGCAGAGUGCUCUGGACGAUGUGGCAUCCUACGGAGAGAGGAUGAAGAACACCGUUAACUGGACAGUGCCUUUUCUAAGCUGGCUGGCGAUCACAGCCUUAUGUUUUGCCACAUUUCUGCUCUACCUCAUACCUCUACGAUACCUCGUGCUCGCAUGGGGUGUGAAUAAGUUUACCAAGAAGCUCCGAAAUCCGUAUGCGAUCGACAACAACGAGCUUCUUGACUUCCUCUCCAGGGUGCCCUCUGACGUUCAAGUGAUGCAGUAUCGUGAGCUGAGGGUUGAUCCUGGACAAAGCCCCAGCAAACGCCGAAGGACCAACCUGAGCUAGCUGUAAACAUUUUACCUGUAAACAAAGUAAACUACGUUAUUUAUACAUUUCUUGUAUAUUCUCAUUAUUAUGAGAACUGUUGAGUUGUUUUUGUUUUGUUACUGUGGGAAGAUUUAUUUUCUAAAUCUUGUAAAGGACAAAAUGAAGCUCUUUGAGUUUUUUUUUUUUAAAUCCUUUUUAUUUCUCCACACAAACUUAUAAUAUUAUUGAUAAUGAAUGUCACGAACUGUCUGUACGUGUGUGUUAUAAAGAGUCUGCAUUUGAUGAAGGUGUGCUGCAUGGAAUCGGUGCAUUUCCUAUUUUUUAUUUCUUUUUUGUGCCGUGUUGAAGUGGAUGUGUUGUCAGUGUGUGAAGCUAUUUUAAAGUUAGAGCUGCAUGUUAUUGCUGCUGCUGUUAUUCCAUGUAAUCACAGUAUAAACAUACACUCGGUAAGUAACGCCUCAUAUUUUAUAAACUCAACACUAUCACGCUGCAUAUUCGAUUUAUGAACUAUUCCUUUACGUUCUUAGUAGCAUCAGCUGGACUUCAGCUGGAAUAAAGUGUUGCUAUGGUGAUUUAGACCAAAGAAAAGGGGGUUCUCGCACCCAGUUUUACAUGUAAAGUUUUAAUUUAUCCUGAAGAGAAAAGAGCAAACUUGGCACUGGGCCCCAAAUCCACAAAUAUGUGAAAUAAUUUUAUCAAUCAUAAAUCAUCUUCCUUCUCUUUCAGCAUGACUCUGUGUCAGAAUGUACUUUUAUGACUGAAAUUGUCUAGGUUUAUAUAUUGUUUUUUAGUUUAAAUUUGUAUUUAUAUAAAAAGUAACUAAUGCCCAUAAAAUUUUGAUUAUGGUUGUGUUAUUUUGUCACAUGCUUAGGACUGCAACUAUCAAUUAUUAGGCCUGUGAUGUUGAGAAUCACAUUUUUGAGGGUCUAAAGCUGCUUGAAAACUCAUGAAACUUUGCUUCAGAAGUGCUGAAAAGUUUUUUUUUUUUUUUUUUUUUUUAAAUCUUUUUUUAGGGACGUCCCAAUCCGAUGUCAGAGAUUGGGAUUAGAAAGGACCAAGGCAAUUUUUAACCAAUCGGUAAAGGCACAAACCUAAUCCUACACUAACAUUAAUCCUGAUCCUUUAUGUCUGCUGUCACACAGGUUUUGUAAAGGAAGAGCACAAUUUAUGGCAGGAGGCAAGGGAUGUGAAUUUAGAAUUAUUUUCUCAGUCAUCAGCAGCAUUUACAAUCAAUAAUGGACUGACACAAACUGAUCACAGUGGAUACUGCUGAUCUAGACAGUGUUAACAUGAUUCAAGCUGCAAAUGUAGCUCCAUUGCAAAAGUCACUGGGGUAUAAGAACACUGUCCUCGUUGAUCCCACUUUGUCUGAAACACAUGAUCUCUGGCUGGAGGCCAUUGUUGUCAAGCACAUACACUACCAGUCAAACGUUUGGACACACCUCAUUCAAUGGUUUUUCUUCAUUUUCAUGACUAUUUACAUUGUAGGUUCUCGCUGAAGGCAUCAAAACUAUGAAUGAACACAUGGAAUUAUGUAGUAAACAAAAAAGUGUGAAGUAGAUUUCCAGUGGAAAUCUGUGCUUUGGUCUGAUGAGUCCAAAUUUGAGAUCUUUGGUUCCACCCGCCGUGUCUUUGUACGAUGCAGAAAAUGUGAACGGAUGGUCUCUAUAUGCAUGUUUCCCACCCUGAAGCACGGAGGAGGAGGUGUGAUGGUGUGGGGGACUUUGUUGGUGACGUUGGGGAUUUAUUCAAAACUGAAGACACACUGAAGCAGCAUGGCUACCACAGCAUCCUGCAGCAACAUGCCAUCCCAUCCGGUUUGUGUUUAGUUGCUCUGUCAUUUAUUUUUCAAUAGGACAAUGUCCCCAAACACAUCUAGAGGCUGUGUAAGGGCUAUUUGACCAUGGAGAGUGAUGGAGUGCUGCAUCAGAUGACCUGGUCUCCACAUUCACCUGACCUAAACCCAAUCCAGAUGGUUUGGAAUGAGAUGGACCACAGAGUGAAGGCAAAAGGACCAACAAGUUCUCAGCAUCUCUGGAGACUGUUGGAAAACCCACUUCAGGUGACUACCUCAUGAAGCUCAUGGAGAGAAUGACAAGAGUGUGUAAAGCUGUAAUCAAAAGAAAGGGUGGCUCUUUUAAAGAAUCUAAAAUAUAAAAUAUGUUUUGACUUAUUUCACACUUUUUUGUUUACUACAUAAUUCCAUAUGUGUUCAUUCAUAGCUUUGAUGCCUUCAGUGAGAAUCUGCCAUGUAAAUAGUCAUGAAAAUAAAGAAAAACCAUUAAAUGAGAAGGUGUGUCCAAACCUUUGACUGGUAGUGUAUGUUGGACUGAGUUUUAUUAACAUUAAGGUACUUGAAGUGUGUGUUAACAAGGAGAAUGGAAUCAGAUCGGGAAAUGGUUUUGGCAGAUACUAAAUUUUAAAUGACUCUGGCUCAGGAGCAAAAAACUUGAUCAGGACAUGUGUAGUUCUUUUAUGGCAUGACUGGGGCAAAUGGCUCAAUAGUCCCCACUACAAAACCUCAUAGUUGCAGCCUUCCCAUUUGGUUUUAUGCACAAAAAAAGCCUAUUGAUGCCAUGCCCCAGAGUCCCACAAUAGUUACUCCAGUUUGAAUUUACUGUGGCAUUUUGGUACGCCUUUUGCCAUUUAGAGCCCUUCUACAAGAUCCCCUUAGAGAAUGAAUCACAGCAGCUUCACAUCUGGUUGGUGUCAUUUCAAGACCUUUGAGAUGCAAAGUUAUCACACUUAUGACUUGUUAUUGAUGCCGAAGCUGCAAGUUUCACUCUUGUACCAUGAAAACAGAAGAUAUUCAGUGCGACUUAUGUUACAGACAUCAAGUGAUUUAAGUUCAUUUUACGUACAUAUGGGUGUAUUACACGAUGUACAGCAAUAUAAUCCACUGCCGAGCAGUCCAAGCAGGGAAUAACGGCUUCAUUGUUUCUGUGUGUUUAAAAUCACAACAUAUUCAAACAGGCCAAGGUUGAAUAUAUAUAUAUGCACUUUAUUUUGAUUAUCACCGCUUCUGGAUAGUAUGCACUGAUGAACACACCUUAAUCCAACCUUUUUGGUGUGAAAUUGUCAGAAUUACACUACUGUUCAAAAGUUUGGGGUCACCCAGACAAUUUCAUGUGUUCCGUGAAAACUCACACUUUUAUCCAUGUGCUAACAUAACUGCACAAGGGUUUUCUAAUCAUCAAUUAGCCUUUCAAAACCAUUAGCUAACACAAUGUAGCAUUAGAGUCAUUCCUGGGCAGUUUUUGCUCAGGUGCUGUAGGGACAUCAUGAAUGGCAGGAGACAAGGAUUCUCAGCAGAGCACUGCUUUGUUUAUUGAUGACUGAUAUUAUUUACUGCUCUUGUCAGUGGUUUUAGUGUUGUAGCUGAUUGGUAUAAAGCCAUAAAAUAAGUUUUAAGAAGGAAAUGCAGAAAUAAUGACCACUAACUGUCAUGUGGAGAGGAGCUGUGACAAUUCACUGAUUUUAAGCAUUUAGCUCUAAUCCAUCGACGGAUGUGUGUUUACUGACAAAUGUGCCUCUCUGUGGUGUGCUUAGGAAGCUCGAGGGAUUACUGGGAGUAUGGAUGUAAGAGUGGAGCCAUACUUUCUUUUACCUCCACCAACAAAAACAACUAAGAGUGUAAGGAAGAUUUAAGAUGCCUCAAUAAAAAUAAAUAAAAUAAACACAGUUGUUUGUCAACCAUGUAAAAAAAAUCCUAGAACAAGAAGCAGCACACAAAACGUUGUCCAUUUACGAGGAAAAUAAAGGAGACAAAUGCUCAGGACUUGUUUUUGAUCAGGAAAGUUGUCAUUUCUCUUUGAAGUCAGCUGAUGUCAGCCAUGUUUUUUGUGUUGUCCGAAGCAGCAACAGUUGAUCAGUCAUGGCUUCAAUAACGAUUAUUUUCAUUAUCAAGACAUCUGAAAUACUUUUUUUCAACAAUACAUUUUCAAAGAACCUUUGUUUGUGCUCCCAAUAAUUCAGCUGGUUGUUUGUGUUUUACUUUACUGAAUUCAUGUACAUUACCUUGGAAAAGUUUGGGGUCAUAUAGAAAUGUCCUUAUUUUUUCAGAACAAAAUGGACUUGAGAGAGUGAAAGCUGUGGAGAUGAGAGAGUGCUGGAAAAUUCUCAAGUAAAAGUACUGUUUCUUUAUUUAUAUUUCACUCAAGUAAAUUUAAACACUGGAGUCAAAACUCAAGUAUCAAAUAUCUUUGGGCUAAAAAAAAAUUAGGAAAAAAAUGCAAAGGUUUUCAUUAAUGUUUUUAAACUAUGAAAACCUCUAAUGAAGUUGUGUUCAACCAACAAGCUACACUCAGUUAGAGGAAUUGGCUUUAAAGUGAUGAUUGCAACAUAUUUAAUGCCUAGUAGCAAAACAUUUUGUGUAAUGUAUCAAAAUAUGGUUAAAAACUGUAAAAUAAUGUGCUUCUUUCGGAGCCAGACACAAAUAUCUCAUUGAGAUUUACAUCCAGCAUUGGUACCAGUGCACAGAACAAAGAAAAAUUAAUACAUUUCAUUAGGCCGUUUCUGAGUAACAUUGCGAACAGACAAACAGACGGACUAAUGUACACUGAGCGUCAUAUAACUCCAUCGUGUUCCUUGGCGGAGUGAAAAGAACAUAUAAAUGUAUACACAUAUAAAAAUGUGUGUUUUAUUUAGUUUCUUUGUUUUAUUUUUAUUUUGGCUUUUUAAAUCUUCCGUAAAAGGUCCCAAAAGGUUUUUCCAGGAAAUUGAGUUUAUUUAUUCAGAGUUAAUGUACAUCAAGUGUCUGUUUCUUUCUUUGAAUCAGUUUGUAAUGAUCAUGGAAGGCUUCAUUGAUCCUGCAUGUCUGUAUAAGCUGCUGUUUGUGAGUGUUGUUGCAUGACUGAACAUAAACUUUAUGCAAGUGCAUUUCUGGAUACUGAAUGUGAAGCUCAUCUAAUGAAAGCUGUGUUAUCGAUCUGAUACGCUGUUUACUGUCUCACCACCAAAUCAUCACUUCCUACGCUUUGCACAUGUUCUGUUUCUGUUUCGCUGUGCUGCUGUUCACUUACUAUUACAGCUGUGCUGAAGUCAAACACAGACUGUCUGUAAUGACUGAGCAGUAUUUGUUGGAGUAAAUAUAUUUCUACACAGA